AUGCCGCAGACGCAAGGCGCGAAGGUGGGCUACCUGUUCCCCGGUCAGGGCGCACAGGCUGUUGGGAUGGGGAAGCAACUCUAUGAUGAGUCGCCCGCUGCGCGCGAGGUGUUCCAUCAGGUUGACAUGGCUCUUGAGCGCUCCCUCUCAACUAUCUUGUUCGACGGGCCGGAAGACGACCUGCGGCAGACUAUAAACGCACAGCCCGGCAUAAUGGCUGUGAGUCUUGCAUGCAUCAAGACGAUGGAAGAGCGCCUCGGCGACGAUAUGCCGCAGCCGGUCGUAACCGCGGGGCACAGCCUCGGCGAAUAUACGGCGCUGGCGGUAUCGGGCGUGCUGGACAUCGGUGAUACGGCGAAGCUGGUGCAGCGUCGCGGCGAACUGAUGCAGGUUGCAUGCGACGAGAACCCCGGCACGAUGGCCGCUAUCAUCGGGCUGGACGAGAUGACCCUGGAAGAGAUUGCCGUCGAGACUGGCACCUACGUCUCCAACAUCAAUACUGCAGAGCAGAUAGUCAUAAGCGGCGACAUUAUGGGCGUUGCGCGAGCCUGCGACCUCGCUACCGCUCGUGGCGCGAAGAAAGCCGUUCCCCUGCGCGUUGGCGGCGCGUUCCACUCCGGUCUGAUGGAGCCGGCGCGCGCAGGACUGAUUGAAGCCAUCAACAGCGUGAAGUUCCACGAUCCUCAGAUUCCCAUUGUUGGCAACUGCAGCGCUCAGCCUCUUACAACUGCUGAAGAGGUGCAGCGAGAGCUCAUUUCCCAGAUAUGCAGCUGCGUGCAGUGGAAGCGGACUGUGGACUACAUGGUAGAUUCCGGCGUGAACGAUUUCAUCGAGAUCGGCCCGGGCAGGGCGCUUUCCGGCAUGGUCAAGCGCAUUUCGCGGCGCUCGCAGAUUACGAGCGUUGGCGACCUCGAAUCCAUACUCAGUCUCGCCGAUACCGUCGAGCAUAUCGCGACAGAGGUGUUGGAUGUGCGACUGGCUGAGACUGCGAUAUCCAAGUGGGACGAGGCAUUUGCGCGCGCAAUGCUUGACGGUAUCUUUGCAAAUGCCGCGGAAAUAGAUAAGAUAAUUGCGGAGUUUGCCCCCGGAUGGCCCAUUGGCCAGAUGGCGGUGGUGGACAGGAAUAUCCUGCGGAUGGCGAUAUAUGAGAUAAUGGUCUCGGAGGAUACGCCGCCGAGAGUGGCGGUGAACGAGGCGGUGGAGCUGGCUAAGGCUUUUGGCGGGGACAGCGCGCCGCGGUUCAUCAACGGCGUUCUGGGGAGCGUGAUGGCGGCGGCGAGUCGGAUUCACACUGAACAACUCGAAACACUUACAAACUGA